UUUGUAUUUUCCUAAAAACCAAAACAUUCUAUCUUUAUAAACACAUGUCCCAUGCCUAUUCUCACCAUUCCAACUCACUUUUCCAUUGUUGGGAGUGGGGAGCUGUUUUGUUCUCAUUAGUCAUUACAGAAGCUCAAAACUUUCCACAUAAUCUUUGCUUAACAAAUCUUUAUAAUCCCAUGAAUCGAACUGUCCUUUCAGUUCUAAAUUAAAUGGGUUUUCUGUAAAGUCCACAUUUUUGUCCUUUUACAGUUGAAAUCAAGCCUAGAAACAGUAAAAACAACAGAGCAUCAUCAUCCUCUGUUUUCACUGUUCACAGAUUCUUGUUUUUCCUCCUUUACAAACAAGAAAACCAGUGAAAAUGGGGAAGCUUUCUGCAAUCGGAGUUAUAAUAGAAUCGUUUACGAGUGGUGGAGAUGACAUCAUUGGGAAAAUUGUCGAGAUCUGGGUCCAAUUCAGAGUCCCUGUUUUGGCGCCAUUGCUGAGAAUAUUGAUGUAUGUUUCUCUUGCAAUGUCGGUAAUGUUGUUCGUGGAGAAGGUUUAUAUGUCUGUGGUGGUUGGUUUCAAUUGUUUGUUUGGGAGAAAGACAGAAAAACGUUACAAAUGGGAAGAAUUUAAAGAUGAUGUUGAAUUGGGGAGCUCUGUUUAUCCUCUUGUUCUUAUUCAAGUUCCAAUGUUCAAUGAACGAGAGGUUUAUCAGCUUUCGAUUGGAGCUGCAUGUGGGCUUUCAUGGCCUUCUGAUCGUAUUGUAAUUCAAGUUCUUGAUGAUUCAACAGAUCCUGUCAUUAAGGAUAUGGUGAAAGUGGAAUGUGAAAAAUGGGCAAGUAAAGGUACAAAUAUACACUAUCAAGUGAGGGACAAUCGAAAAGGAUACAAAGCUGGGGCACUUAAAGAAGGUCUAAAGCAUCAGUAUGCCAAUGAAUGCGAUUAUGUAGCUAUUUUUGAUGCCGAUUUUCAACCUGAACCUGACUUUCUUUGGAAAACUAUUCCGUUUCUUCAUCAUAACUCUGAGCUUGGUCUUGUUCAAGCUCGUUGGAAAUUCGUGAACUCUGAUGAGUGCUUAAUGACAAGAAUGCAAGAGAUGUCACUUAACUACCACUUCAAAGUGGAGCAAGAAGUUGGUUCUUCUACACAUGCAUUUUUUGGCUUCAAUGGGACUGCUGGAGUUUGGCGAAUGGCAGCACUUAACGAGGCUGGAGGAUGGAAAGACCGUACCACAGUGGAGGAUAUGGAUCUAGCAGUUAGAGCUAGUCUUAAAGGUUGGAAGUUCUUGUACCUUGGUUCAAUAAAGGUUAAGAACGAAUUGCCAAGUUCAUUGAAAGCAUAUCGUUACCAACAACAUCGAUGGUCUUGCGGUCCAGCAAACCUCUUCAGGAAAAUGAUUUACGAGAUCAUGAUAAAUGAGAAAGUUACAUUGUGGAAGAAGCUACAUGUGAUAUAUAGUUUCUUCUUUGUAAGAAAGAUCGUGGCUCAUAUUGUUACAUUCGUGCUCUAUUGUGUUGUAAUUCCUGCAAGUGUGUGGAUACCUGAAGUCGAGGUUCCGACUUGGGGUACGAUUUAUAUCCCAACGGUCAUCACCAUUCUGAAUGCUGUUGGAACUCCAAGAUCUUUUUAUUUAGUGGUAUUUUGGAUAGUCUUUGAGAAUGUCAUGGCCCUCCAUCGAACCAAGGCUACAUUCAUCGGAAUUUUAGAGGCUCAAAGAGUGAAUGAAUGGGUUGUCACUGAGAAGCAUGGGGGUGCUUCCAAGGCUAAAACUCCAACAAGGCAACAUGGAAGACUAGGCUUCAAACUAAGUGAAAGGAUUCUUAUGCUAGAGCUUUGUGUGGGCAUUAUCCUCUUUGUAUCUGGUUGUUAUGAUCUUGCAUUUGAGAAGAAAAGUACAAAUGAGCAUAAAAAGGGACAAAGAAUGAAGAAAACGCUAGGUGUGGCUUCAAGAACUUCUAAUGGUGCACAAAUGUAUACACCAAGUAUGGUUAAGGCAUAG